AUGAAGUUUGCAGCCCCUCAGCCAAUAAGGCAGCCAUUAAAACAGAGAGAUAAGACCAAGCACUGUGCCUACCAUAGAGAUUAUGGGCAUGUGACUAAUGAUUGCAGAUCCUUUAGGCAGCAGGUGGAAAACAUGAUACUGAGGGGUAAAUUGGCAGAUUACCUUACAACGAAGGAGUACGUGAAGCCUCGGGAGGUCAACCCUCGGAAAGUCGAAGGGAAUCAAGUGAAGGUCAUCCAUGCAAUACAAGGAAGAUCGGAGGAUGAUCAGGAAUCAGAGGAGGUUUAUACGUCCCAACUGAGAACAGCCCAUAAGCUGAAGAGGCUAUCCUCGAUAAACGCUAUUGCUUCGGGAGGCAUCAAUAUUGGGUUUGGCGAUGGAGAUCUAUCUAAAGUCCAACUCCCCUACGAGGAUCCGUUGGUCAUCAGUCUCUUGGUGGUGAAUUGCAUGAUUAAGAGGGUUUAG